AUGGCCGGUUUCCCAGCGCUCAAACCAGCGUUUACCGUGCGGAUCUCGGCUGAUGCGCCAUUAUCUGUUGGAAGUCACCACCGCAAGACACCUCUCCUCGUUGUCCCAAUAGCGGGAGGAACCGUCGUCUCAGAGCCCGGCUUUACACCGUCUUUGAAUGCUAAAUUCGAAGGCACCGGAAAUGACUAUGUUCGUAGCGACCCCGAUGGAAAACGAACGCGGUUGAAUGCCCACAGCGUGAUAAAAACAAAUGAUGAAGCGUUGAUUUAUCUGCACUUCCAAGGAACUGUGAACUUGACUGAGAGUACUAUGAAAGCCAUGUCGGGUCACGCUGGUGACGUAGAAACGCCGUUUGGGGAUAGCUUCACGUCAUUUAACUUUGAGACUGGAGAUGAGAGAUACAAGGACCUCGAAAACGGAGUAUUUGUCGGCCAGGGCCAUUUCAUUAUUAAGGUAGGAGAGAAGACCAUGGUUGAAUACAAAGUCAGUCAGGUUAUCGUGGGAUAG